AUGAGAGUGUAUGAUGGAACAGAAUACGUGAUGGUCUCAUAUCAAGAUGCAACUAAACUACCUGAAUGGCAUCCGAUUAGCAGAUUGCGCAACGCUGAAGGCUUGAUAAAGGAAUAUAAAAUCAAGGCGAGCCAAGCUGAGCAACGUCAAGCAGAAAGAAAAGCGCGUGAGGUAGUGAAUACAACUAAAUCUUAUCAAGGAAAAUUGCAAAAGAUAGGUGGACAGAUUAAAUCUCAACAAGAUUGCGUUAAAGAAGUCAAGGACAUUAAUGUUAUUUGUAAAAACAAAAGGCAUGACAAUUCUCAGAGAUCGACUGAAUCAGUAAAGAAUCAGAAAACUGCAAAUUUUCAUCCUGCCCUAGGCAGAAAUUAUAAAUCUGAUGGUGAAAUGACAGACGUUGAGUGUGUGUUUGAACAAAGCGACAAACUUUUAAUAGGAAUUGGGGAGUGCUUAUCUGGGAAACCUGUAUCAAACGUAAAAAUUAAAUGUGCUUUGAAAAACGAGUGUGUAUCUAAAGAUG